AAUAAUUAAUAAUUACUUAUCACAACAAUAUUUUGGCGCGGCGUUCAGUAAUGAAACAACGCGCGAGAACAGUUUGGCGGGAAUUAAGUUUAGGCGCGUUUUCAAAAUUGGCAUCCCUUGCGCGCAAUAAGAAAUAUAAAAAUAAACGAAAAUAAAUUUUAUUCUUUUGUACAAUGUUCACAUGUCCAAUAUAUUAAUAUAUAAAGAAUAUUAUUAUUCUAAUCUUAAUUAUAUAUUUCUGAUAAUGAACAGAUACAAAAUUGCCAAAGUUAACGAAUGAAAUACCUAUUACUGCCAUGACUCCCUUCGAUUUUUAGAAUUUUCCCUAGCAAAAUUACCGACACGAAGAGUUGGAACCGUCAUACAGCGCCCUCUAUGAUACCAUGAGAAUAAACAAUAUUCCUAUACUCUGUGCUCCUACAUCGCUUAUACGAGUAUCUUCAGGUUUCUUUCAUCUUUUUUGUUCUAUUAUAAUGUCGUUAUGUUAUUAUUAUUUUUACGUAUUAUGACUGUAAUGACAAAUAAUAUUUUGUUCUGUUGUCACUGUAUAAAUAAUGAAAAAACUGAAUAUUCUUUGUAAUACCGAAAAAAUAUCUUUAAUUAAAGGUAAUGCUUGCCUGUUCAACCAGUGGUGCAUUGACAACAGAAGUAUCUCGGGAUAUUCAACCAGUAACAAAUUUACAGCCACCAGCCUUUAGUUAUCUUCCAAGUACGAACGUUGUGUUUCCAAAACUUUCUCAACAUGUUGUUUUCGCCAAACAAGCUUUGGACAAUGGGUUAGAAGAUGUCGGGGCUCCAGGUAGUGGUUUUACCGAAAGACAAAUACAGGCUGGCUAUUCAUACCUGAAACCUCUAUUGAUCGAUCUCAAGUUACCAUUCAAAGAUCAGACGAUGAAAUCAAUCAAUGAUAAGCAAAGAUCAACGAACGAAGAGGGAAGUUCUGGAACAAAAGCGAUAACGAGGGCAGGUAAAUCAUCGAGGUCAAGCAACGGAACGAGGCUGCUGGCCGAGGUCGAAUAUCAUCCGCACGUUCCACGGCGAUCGUCGUAUCAAGUUGUAGAAAAACUCGACGAGUACUUAACGGACGAUUCGGAUCAUGCAGGAUUGCCCUAUCGUGGGAAGGCUCAGACAACGAAUCCCCAUCGUAAUUCGCAAGACAUAACGACGGCCAUCAAAACCCUCGAUCACUUCCUGAGCGGGGUUCUGAACGACGAUAGUUACAACAGCCAGCUACAUCCACCGCCCAAUCCUGUUUUAGCCCUUGUCCUGUCUCGAUACGGGCGAUACGUGUCCGGAGCACGAAACCCUCGCGUGUACGCGCACAUGGCCGUAAACAAUAUACACAACAACAAACCUUUUGGUAGUUAUAAGUUGGAACGCGAAGAGCUGCCCACCUACGCUCGAAGAUAAUGCAGAUAAACAUUUUCCUCUCGCUUAGGAAAAAUUCUUACCUGUUGGACCUUUAGAUUAUCUCGUAGACGUUUUAUUGUUAGUACUUGUGUGACAUAGGAACGCGAGAGAAUUGUUCGAAACCGGAAAAGAAAUAUGAAGAAGAGAUAGUGGAAUUAUGGAGAACGAAUGCGGAAAAAACGAAAAAUGUCGAUAAGCAUGGAAAUAUUAUCGGAAUACAAAAUUCUUUAUCGAGAAUCUUUUAUCUGAAAAUCUGAAUAGGAACUAUCUAAUAAAUAAUUUUGAUUUAUUCGUUACCUUCAUAUUCGGCAUUGGAAAUAACUUUCGCUCGGCAGCGGAGUCCGGUAAUGUACAUAUAAACGGCAGUGAAGUUAAUUAAUAGUUUACACGUCGUUAACGGCACGUUUAAUCGCAAAUACCGCACAUUACCCAACUCGGUAUAAUUUUCAAUUCAUAGAUUCAAUUUUACUUGAAUUAAUCUGCUUUCAUUCAUUGAUACCGCUUAAACCACAGACACCAAGUUGAACUAAAUCGAAGUCGCGAAGUUCGCCCUUCGUUGAUAUCACGCUGAUUAAUUAUCCAAACGACACUUCGGAUACCGGUAUUAAAGAAAACUUUAGAGCACUUCCUUCAUAGCUCAUUCUAAAUUUAAUCAAUAUCAUGCGGAUUUACCCUUGAAUCUAGCGGCAAUCGGGCUUGGCGCGAAGUUAAUUGGAGUAGUUCGAGAAGCCGCUCGAGAAACCCCGAUUAAGCACUAAACUACUCUCAUUACACCUUCCUGUCUCUCCGGAAACCUCUCUAGAUACUACUAACUUGAUUUCAUUGAUGAAAGCCAUGUACCAGUCUAGACCACUAUUGCUCUUGUUCGGAAUACGUCCAUCAGAUAGGUACAUGCUAAUAAACCUUUUUGGUCUCGUGCACCCCAUGUUACUUCGAGUAAGAACUUGUCGUUCGAUCGACAAAAAUUUUACGACGAUCAUUACAUGAGAAGAUCGGAGGAAACAUGAUAUAAGAGAGGAAAUAUAUAAUUUGGAAAGUAAAAUUUUAAUAGAAAAUCCGUGUGUUUCCAAAUAUUAACACAGCUUAUUACAUCUGAUAUAAUUUUUACCUGUUUAAAAUGUCUAAAACUCGUAUUAAUGCUCAGCGGAAUACGUAUUUAAAUAAGAUUUAUCGAACGAAAUGUUUCUUUAAAGUAAAUAAUUAUUAAAUCGGAUAUUCGAUUAAAUUCUAUUAACAUCGCAAUUUAAAAUUCAAUCAAUCGAAACCCUAUUUGAAUUUCUCCAUAAUAUCAAGCGUACCUUUACGUAUAUAGGAUUUGCACUUGUAAACAGGUCGGAGAUUUAUUAUAAAAUUAUGAUAACUCUAAUAACGAGAGAUUUACACAUCUAUAAAAUUAUUACGUAUCAUAUAUAUUUUAAUGGAUCAUUUUCCGCGAAAAAGAUAUUUUACUAAGCACAUCGAUCUCUAUCGCAUUCUGACCACGGUUCUCGCGAGUAUAUACACAUUGAGGAAUUUGAAUAGGGGUGCGUAUAAAUAAAUACAUCAUAAACAUUGCAGUUACGGACAUUUUCAGAGAUCGUUUAAUUUUCCUAUCUUCGGUAUACUUGUUGCGGGAUCAUAAAACGAACGACGAGGGCUUAAGUGGUGCUUGAUUGCCGUCCGUCCGCUAGGAAACCAGAUUGUCUGAAAAUUGUAUUUUCAGGAUGGCAGUUUCCAUUAGCUUCUUCGAGCUUUACCAAAGGAGAUCGGUUGGCAGUAAUAGCUUUACUAAUAGAGCAUCCAGGUACUUGGAGACUCUUAUAAUUAGUCGAUAUGUUCGAGCCAAUACGUUCUCCUUUUUGAUCCUUCCAAGUUCGCGCUUUUAAAUAAGUUGUUUAUACGUAUUCGUUUCGCAUUUUUAAUAUCGAGCGAAAUAUACACAUUUUUAAUAUCGAUAGAGUGUCACACGUAAAUAAUUACUUAUUCCUCUUGCUUCAUGUAAAAACGUGACAAAUUUUUCGGGCGAAAUUAGCUUUUUUUAUGACAGGUGCUCCGCGAUCGCACCGACAAUAUUCGCCAACAUGUUCGGAAUUUUAUCCCAAGGAAAAGAUGUUACGUAGGGUAAUUCUAACGACUGGUUCAGACUAUAUCUAUGUUCCAAGUGAAGUUAACGCAUUGGUUGUCGGAACUGGUUUUCGUUUUUCACUUCCUAAACUUCUCAGAAGCUUAUUUCCAUUUAAAGAAUUGAACUUAAAGAAAAAAGAAACUCUAAAAUCAUCCGAUCGCAAUCGAAGAAUAUUCUUGAUGUGUGAUAUUCGAGAAUGGAAGAUUAGACAAGGUCAUGAAAGUAUUGAAACAUUUUGAAAUUUCAGUGGCAUUCGGCCAUCAUUGUUAUUAUUAUAUCGGAAAAUUUUGAAACAAACCUAAAAAUGUACGUAGAAGCUACGAGACAUUUAGCGCAAGUACAGAUUUUGCACAGAUCACAAAACUAUUUAAAUACUUUUGCGAAUCGUCUGGUUAAUUCUACAGUAGCAUCGCGACGAACGAGAUAAUAUUGUUACUUUAUCUUGUCCUUUUUAUUUCAUUUUCGCAUUGUUCGAAUUUCCAACCUUUUUAUUCCUUCUCUUCGCUAUUUUCCCUUUACAAUUUCAAAGGGAAGCGUUUUGUAUAGAACGAGUAGACUCGAUGAACUUUCUCGUAUCGCAUAUUGCGUAUUGUACGAGAGUUGUACGGAGAUUUCAAAAGAAAUAUUACACCGAUGCUAAAGAAAAACGUGGAUUUACGGGCUCGGCGGAAAUGUCGGAAUUUACGUUUGCGUAGGAUAACAGGGGAAAAACAGGUAAUCUUUUGCGUUUUGGCAAAUAUCGUACACGGUCCAAAUUUUCCCUCGUUCUUUCUCUUUUCCCCUGCUCUUUUCUUUUAUUCGCAAGAGCAACUACAUCAGAAUGUAGGACAAACGAAAUGGCUUGUUCGUCAUUAUUUUCAGUCGUGAUGUGCGAAUUUCUUUGCAUUUCUUUCCGUUCUGGUAAUCUUUGGAAUUUUUUCGAGACCCUUCAAAGGUUGGCAAGCACGGCUGAAACUGCGGGGUGCUCGGUCUAACACGAACCGCAGUUCAGUCGAACCGCAAUAAAAAGCAGCGAGCUUGUAGGAAUAAAAUAUGAGAAAUACGUUGAGAUCUUUUCUCCGUGACGGGGUAGGAAGAAAACGAGAUGAAGGCGCAAGAUGGAGGCUCGGAAAAAGAGGAGACCGCAUUAACGCGAUGUUUUGCAGCGGAACGCGAGAUGGCAAAGAACGAUAUUAUUAAACGCUAUCUUCUUUCAUGUUUCAUGCUACGCUAUCGAUACAUUUUUUUAUUUGUUUUUAUUUUCUUUUCUUUGACAACCUUUCGGUCUAAUUUUAAAAAUUGCGUUACUACUGUCAAAGGCUUCCAUUCCAGCAGUUUAUUUUUUAAGCAUUAUCUUUAGGUAUAAGUUUCACGGAAAGCUAAAUGAAAAAUAUCGUAAUAUUAGUUGUAAGACAUAAAAUAUUAUUUAGAGUGGAAUCUUCAAAUUUUUGUUGAUCAGAUACUUUUUCUAAAAUAUAGGACCACUGUGGAUAAGUUGAAUUUGAUUUAAAUAUUUUGGAGAAACGUUGUGGGAUAAAUAUCUAUGUCAUUCGAGAACUGUUUGCUUCCAAAAUUUCCUGCAGGUAAAAUAAGUACAAAAAAUUACUACGCACUAUAGAAUCCUUUCAUCCGACAAACGUCGAAGGAAACCCAUUUGGGAAUAAGAACGACCCGGAAUCCACAAACCUUUUUCUGCCACUAAGGCUCUGUCAAUAUUUCCAUUUUCUACACUUUCGCCGUGUAAUUUUAAACGGACAUUGGUCAGAAUUUGUUCAAACGAAUCACAUUUUCCGAAGGAAGUAAAGAGAUGAAAAUCUGGCAUGAAUCAAACAUCUAGCUUUCUCUGCCAAACAUUAAGUAUACAAUUAUAGAUAGAAUAUUUUUGAAAUUAUCGAAAUGAUUUAUUACUUCUCGCUCGUGUAUGGAGUACUCUAAUAUUAAUUAGACUGAUUUAGUAAUUACGAUGCAUAUCUAUACAAAUUAAUUGGAAUCCUGAUAUAAAUUUAAAAAGUGUAGAAGUAUUUAUUGUAAUAUUUGAUUAUGUCCAGCCAAGUAUCACAGUAAGAUAUAUAGUCCUAGGUUUUGAUGGUGGAAAUCGGUAGAUGGAAAAUGGUAGAAACACACGUUGCAAUUAGUUGCUUUGCUUUGAACUAGCUGGUGAUUUCUAUGUCUACAGUUAAAUGUUAAAUGAUUCGUUCGAAAACAGGUUUUACGUCUUAGGUACUGGAUUAUCCUGUAUCGUAGGCGUCGCGCAUUCUAGUAUCCUGCGACUACGCUCGUAAACAUACUACUGAUUGAACGGAAGUCGCGAUAUCGUGACGUUUUCAAGAUUUACGAGCAUUUGUACAAAGCGAAUCUACUUAAUGUCAUAUUGUUCAUCGCUGAAACUGAAUCCGUUGAUAUGUUGGUAUCUACUCGAACGACUUGAAUAAAACCUUAACGCGUGCUUUCAAGCAAAUCUUUAAACUUUGAUAAAUUUGUAAAUCGUAUCAAUUUAUUGUUCGAUAUUAUAUGUAAUAUCGUGUAAUAAUA